UCCGAGCAGAGCUUACAGUCCUGGCAUCGCCUCUCGAGGGGCCGAGCAGAGCUUUGCCGAGAGAGCUUGCGGCCCGAAAUAUGUCGAUGCGUCCGGAAAUAACCGCGCUAACCGCAACACUUUCCUCCUGAGUUAACUCGCCAACCCCGGAACACGCCUCGCCGCCGUGCGCCGGAAGAGCUUUCGAUGAGCUUCCGAAGUGCCGUGUAAGGGAAGGAACCUUGAAAAGGGACACGCGUCGCCGAAGUGCGCUGGAAGAGCCUCCGUUGAGCUUCCAAAGUGCCAUGUAAGGGAAGGAACCUCGAGAGGGAAUCCUGGAACACGCGUCGUGGUGCGCCCGGAAAGUUUCCACUGAGUUCUCGUAGAGCUUGCGGUGAGCCUUGGUGGUACCAUGUAGAUAAAGAAAUUUUGAAAGGGAAUCUCGAAGAAAGAGAGCUUUCCUCGGAUUUUUCUGGUACCGUAUAUGGGAGAGAACCUCGGACCAAGGGACCACCUCGAGAUGGGAACCGUCGACGAGCUUUCGCUGCAGCUUUCGGAGGUGUCGACAUGAGAGCUUCGGAAAGCUCGAGUGGACCUCCGAAACCACCUCUCGAGCUGAUCCAAGACCGAGGAUCUUCUUCUUGGACCUCGGAAAGCUGUUAAGCUCGAGGAAAGUGGAGCUUUCGCGUGGUGAUUGAGGGGAAUGCCUGGAAUCGCGAGAGACGCAUCGCGGAGCCCGGUAAGGGGGCUCGAAUAAAAUAGAAAUUAACAUUUUUAUUUAACAAGGGACUCGUACCACUCAUUGUCAUUCCCGAGCAAGCGAGGCUAAAGUGCUGGAAUGCUUAUUUAAGACUCGCAUGGAAUUUUUUGAUUUCUUCGGGGAUGACAAUUUACGAUUGCGCUAUAUACUCUGAUAUAGCCAAGUCUUUGAAGCACUAUGGUGCUGUAUGGGGGCAACUUGUAGGUUUCCUUCCCUCGACCGGAAAUUGAUUUCAUCGAAAGGCCUCCGAAAGUGUCAUACCUGGGGAAAGUCUUUGGAAAAAAGGGGAAACACCCUGAAAAGACUCUUCGAUACCAAAAGGUCCAAGCAACCUGGAUUUAAUUUCUGCCUCUUCCUCGAGGAAGCUGCUGGAUAGCAUCCGGAGAUACCCCGAAGAGAAAACAGGAAACAAAAUCCAAGAUGGCAGAGAAGUCGAUGCCGGAGAGCAGAGUCGACCCUGGAGGCCCGAGGACCUCGGAACCAUCGCCAGGGUCGGCAAGAGAGGAUCAAGGUCCUCUUCGAGGGUGCGAGGCUCCCCGGGAGCGGAAGAAGCCUCGACGAGAAAAACUGGACCCGAGCCAGCUUCCGGUCCCACCACCAGACCCGGAGACCAACGUCUUCGACGAGGCCUUCACCCGACAUAAGGCGCAGGUGGAGGCGGAGGCCUUGAGGAAGGAGGGCGAGUUCCUGGAUUACUUGAUGGACCUGCCGAGCCCCCCAGGGGUGGAGGUACCCCCGUGCCUCUCCAGGUCGACGUCGACCUUCGCCGCGAGUCUUGGCCGAGCCGAAGACGCCUUCGAUCACCUGGACAGGCUGUACUCGCUGAUGGAACAGGUGCUGAAUCUGCGCGACCGGAACUCGAAGCUCUGCCGGAGGAUCCGCGAGCUGGAGCGGCUGCGAGCCCUGAAGAGCGCCCAUUUGGACCUGGAGAGAGCCGCCCUGGCAGGAGAGGAACUGGUGCUCCCCGAGGAAGACGCAGCCUUCGCGGAGUGCCUGCUCGCGGCGAUGCUGGCCACCGCGCCCGAGCCGACCCCGAAGAGGAACCUGAGGCCGCCACUUCCUCGCCAGAGAAGUCGGUCCCUUGCGGUCGACCUGCCGGGCUCCUUCAGCCCCGGGGACGUCGGCAGGUUCUCCAGGAGGUCCACUCCUGGGAACGGUGGGAAUAAACGCGCCGUGGGCCUAGGUCGACCCCCCAAGGUUUCAAAGUGGACCAAGGUUAAGGCGGCCUUCAAAUGGGAACGCGCCUACACCGGGGGCGACCACGUGGAGAACGACGUCUCCAGGUUCCUCAGAGUGCCGGAGAAUAACGACGGCUCCGUCGUCUCCGGAUCUUCCCCCAGGACUGCGGAAAUGUCCGCGCCCCCGACUCCUGGCACUCUGUCUUCGUCUUCCUCCACCGAGGACAUCUUCCACGGGUCCAACAAGAGCACGUCCAACAAUUCCGGACAACUGUCUCCUCGUUCAAGGGAAGACGGCAGAGACGAGGAACCCGGUCGUCGAAGUCGGUCCCUCGGCGGAGAUGCAUCCAUUCCUCACAGCAUCGCAUUCUUCGCGUCCACCUCCAAGGACGUCGGAAGGCCAAGGAUCCAGAUCACAGGCGAGCGGUCUCCAGCGCCGGCGUCGCCGAGGAAACCAUCCGGGCAGGAAAACGAGGUCGUGGACUUGGCGACCAGAAGGUUGACACCUACUUUGACCAUCACGGUUCCAUCCAACGAGGAACUCAGAUGCACCUCCUCCCCGGAAUCGGUCUCGCCUCUGCUCACACUUCUCCUCGAUUCCGGCGAGGAAAGAUCGCCCUCCGAGGAAUUCGACUCGCCGAAGCGUCCACCCACAACGAGCCAAAACGAGUCCUCGCAGUUCUCGGUCACGAGGUCGAGGACCUGCCAGGAAGUGCCCUCCGAGUUCAGGAGACAGAGGUCGGUGAAGGCGGAGUCGCAGACCUCGUCCCCUAAGACCCAGAGACACGAUUCCAAGUGGAACAAAGUCAAGAAGGCCUUCCUGACGAACGCUGCCUCCAUUCCUUCCAGCCCCAACAGGAUUUCGUCCUUUUUCGACGAAUCGGACGGCCUGGCGAGUUACAACGCAAGUGCGGAGGACCUGGAGAACGAUUUGGCGAGCUCGGCCAUCCAGGCCGAGAUUCAGAGAAAUUAUCAGCUGCUCCACGAGAAACUGAGUGCCGAAUUCUACCGGAAGCUGGCCGAAUGGGACAAGCUUAAGUCGGGGUCGCCGGCGAGCAGUCCGCAGCCUCUGGUCCAGGAAACGAGAGACUCAAGGGGAGGAAAUCCCUCGAGGAGUUCGGCGGGGCUUCGGAUGCUGGGCGAGGAGCAGCUGACCCCAGAGUUCAAGAAGAAGCUCCGAGAGUGGAAGAGGAUCAAAAAAGGCGAGUGCAGCCCUACGAGCUGCGAACAGCAAGCAGCGAGGAAACGAAUCACCGAUUGGCAGCUCUGGAGACCCCCCAAGGUGGACUCGAAGUCGGAGGAAUACGCGAAGACGCACCUCUCCGAGGACUUCAUCAAGAAGAUGGAGGAGUGGAAGAGGAUCAAGGCCAGCCGCUGGGAGGACCAGGAGUCGAGUUGCAGGGACCCUGGGAAGACAGGGAAGACCUGGAAGAACGUGGAGGACAAGGACUUCAGGGUCCUCGAGAGGGAGCUCGGCAAGAUCGAGCGAGAGCACCAGAAGAUCGAGAGGCAGAGGGAGAAGUUCCUGGACAGGGAGGCCAGGCUGUCAAAAUUGCGGAGGGUCGUAAGCUCGUCCCCCCAGAAGAAGGAGAUCCUGGUUCACACCUCGACAGGGUUUUACCGAUUCGAGGGCAUCUCCAGGAAGUUCACGAAGAAGCUCUACGAGUGGGAAAAGAGCCAAGGCAUCUCUCCAGAAUCCUCGACAUUUCGUCUCCUCCACCCUGCUACCAGAUGUCCCCUGGGGCUGACGACUGUGAACGCGAGCUACGAAUCGGGGGUUCGCCAGAUGCUGAAGAGAUCGAAAUCCGUGGGCAGCGUGGUGGAGGGUAGCGUCAGAGAAGAAACACCGAUCAGACAGCCUUCUAGCUUGUCUCUGAACGACGUGGAAAAUCUCGAAACGGAGUGCAUUGUCGACGACUCGCAAAUGGGAUCGGAGCCCGUCAUAACCGAGGAGGAGACGACGGAAGACAUCGCGGUGGACGACUCGGAGCCGGAAGCGAUGAUAGUCGACAUCGAGGACGUCAUCGAGGAGACGGCGAGCCCCAUGGCUGAACUUCGACCCCGUCAAACGCCGAUUUACUGCGUCGCUGCCAGCGAGACAACGAGCAUCGCCGUUCCCCUGGGGACAGUAACUGCCAGUCACGAGCCAUCUCCUGUUAUUUUGGUCCAGGCAGGAGAAGUCCGGCCCGUCAGCUCCCGUCCUAAAGGCCCGAAACAGGGAAGUCCUCUUCAGGGUACCCGGGCUCCUCCAGAGCGCGCCUCCACUUCCAAGGACUCCCUCGAAGGGGAUGCCUCCACUCCUGAAGAAGCUCCCCGGUCUAUCGACGUGCAAACCGAACACGAAAAUAGGACCGCGGGAGGGGACCAAAAUGGCGGCUCUGGUGCAAUUGGACGUCCUGAGGAGGGACCUUCCGAGGGAGGGCAGAGGGAACGGGACCUCGCCGAGGUCAAGAGAAUCAUCCAGGACUUCUGCAAGGCCAGCGGGGGUGCCUUGAGGGGUCAAGGGGACGUGUUGGAAGGGGAGGUGGGAGGUCCUGGAGAUUGUCGAUAUAGCGGGAAUCUGCUGGGAGCAGAGAUUCAGAGGGAAGAUUCCUGCCGUACCAACGACGGUACUCGUGACGGUACUUCCGACCCCGAAGAACAGAAUUCGGGAAGAUCUCCAAUGUCGAGCAAUGGGACCAAUAAAAGGAUCCACAGUGCAGAAAAUCUACCAAACGGCGAGUAUCGAGGUACGGGCACAGGACAAUCCCCACAAUUCAAGGAAAAAGUUCCACGCACGGAGGGUAAUUUAAAAGGAACCAAUGCGGAAAAUUGCAAGAAGAGGACGGCAGUCUUCAACGAGAAAGGCAUUGCAAGAAGGACGACAUCCUGUGGGAAGGACGGGAUUUCCAGGAUGCGUUUCGAGGAUCCUUUGGGUCCUAUGAUCGGCGCCGAAGAGGACGACGUAGUGAUAACAGUGGACCGAGAUAUUCGGCAGAAGAGGGUCCUGAAGACCAGACGCCUGACGGACACCCAAGUAGGAUACAAAUGGUGUGCAAAGGAAGUGGGAAACGAGGACAACAUCCAAGAGUCCUGCAGAAACGACGCCCUGACCGUGUCGGCGUUCUCGGACAACCCCAGCGUGGAGAAGAUCGUCAUAAACGAGAGCACCCUGAACAGGAUCGUCGUGAGAACGGCGAAUACGGAGACGAGGAGCAGCCAGGAUCAAACAAGGACGAACGCGGGGACCAGCGGGACCAAUGCAUUCUCCACGUUCCAAGACUCGUCCUCGAAGAAGGAGAGGAACGGGGCGACGAGGAACGUCUUCGUCAAGACGAAGAGGAUGAUCUUCUCGCCGUUCAGGAGAGACAGCAAGGGAAGGACGCCGGAGACCCAGGGGAACGAGGUCGAGGAGGAGGCUUCUUCGGGGCAGAUGCUGCAGAGUGGGGCCAGGACCUGCGAGGAGAGGAGCAGGUCGAACUCCGAGUUCCUUGGGGAUCCUAGGAGAAAAAAGAUGGACUUGGACCCCGAGAACGGGAAGGUAGACCUUGGGAUCAGAAAGAUGGACCUGGACCCCAGGAGGCCGCCCAUUCCGCAAUCUCCGGUACCUGCCAGGAAGGAAUACCGAAAGUCCUCCCCGAAGACCACCCCGGCGCCCAGUAUCCGGAUGAUGAUCCAGAGGUACAACCAGAAGCUGGAGGAUGCCGGAAGUCCCGGAAGUAGCGGAAGUGGGUCCCCGAUUUGGAGAUCACCAGCCAGCGAGAGAAGAGUCCGUACCAGGACGGAAAGGUACCAAGAAGAAGUGCGAAGAGCCAUCGAAGGCCACCCCAGGAACAAGGAGGUCUUCAAGAGCGCCAGUGCUGGCAUCAUCGGCAACGUAGGCGGGUCUUCGGGAUGGAUGGAGACUCCAGCAAAGCGUGAGAUCCUGAAGAGCACCAGUGCAAACUUCGGUGCGAUCUCGUCGUCCUCGAGCCUCUUCUCUUCCAGGAUAAACGUCCCCGUCGAAGACGCAUUGGACAUCUCCGCGACGUCCAGACGUUCCCCGAGUGCUGGGACCGAAAAAAAACACCUGGAGGAUCAACCUCCAGAAGGAUUCUCCCAGAGUAUCCUUCCUCGGGUCCCAACGAUGGAGGUUCCUUCCUCGACGAUCCCCAUGGGGAACCGUGGAAACGGAGGAACCAGGUCCGUGGUCUCAUCUAGGUCGUCGAUGUCGCAUCUGGACGCUGAAGAGGCUGUCCAAGAAGAGGGUGAACGGUCCUCUUCGAGGACCAGAGCGAUGAGGAUCCGUAGGGCCAAGCAGGACUUCCUUUCCCGAGGUCCUGGGUGCUACUCGCACGAUCCGCAGAUGCAUAGAGAGGAUGCCGAAGGGACCUCCAAGCUGGAGGAGCAAGACGAGGCGCCGAGGUCGGACCUCUUCAAGUCCGCCAGCGCGGGGAUGAUCAACGUAGAUCAAGAUACUUUUGAGAGGCUGAACCUAAACCGUGGGUACGAGUCCUUGCCGAGGGCCCCGAAGACUGGAGAACUGACCAGCAGGCUCGGCCAGAUCGCCAGUAGGUUCAGAAGGUCCAGGUUGAAGAGGUCCAAGGAUAAGGAGAGGGACGGGAGAAUGAGUGCCGUCUCAAUGCUCUGCAGACAGAGUCUUCUGGUGGACAUUCGGGAUCAGACCACGAAGAGUUGCCCGUCUACCCCUGCCUUCCAGAGAGAAGAGGAGGACGAGAAAGAGAGACUGGGGAAGCAUCGAGUGAGCCAUUGAGUGGCUUAAAAAAAUUAAAAAAGCCAUCGAGUGCCUUGAAGACUCCCGCGAGAAUUUCUUCAAGGAUGUCUUCACCCUUUCCUACGAGAUCUACUGUCUUUAACUUCCCAAGUGCGACUUUUGGACUCUUCACCGUCGACUCUGAAGAGCGCGGAAAAUACGACCCACGUCGUAGACUAGUCGAAGACGGCGUGAAAUACCUUUAGUGUCUCUUUAGUUCUCAACCAAGCUACCAAUUUGUACCAGAAGAGCGUCUCUGCUCUUCGCCAUAUUAAUUACGCGUUACGUAUUAGCUGUAAAUCCGGAGCACCGGCGAAUACAAGACAUUCUGGAGGUCGUA